GGCCUUAGUCACGCAAAAGCGAAAGAGAAUCUCGAACAGGACGGUCCAAACGCACUCACACCACCCAAACAGACACCCGAAUGGGUGAAGUUUUGUAAAAAUCUGUUUGGUGGCUUCGCAUUAUUACUAUGGAUUGGUGCUAUUCUUUGCUUUAUUGCAUAUGGAAUCCAGGCGAGUACCGUAGAAGAACCCUCCGAUGAUAACUUGUACCUUGGCAUUGUAUUGGCGGCUGUCGUGAUCGUUACGGGUAUAUUCUCAUACUACCAGGAAAGCAAGUCAUCUAAAAUUAUGGAAUCGUUCAAAAACAUGGUCCCCCAGUUUGCCACCGUCAUCCGCGAAGGCGAAAAGCUCACUCUCCGCGCUGAAGAUUUGGUACUUGGUGAUAUUGUUGAAGUGAAAUUUGGUGAUCGUAUCCCAGCUGAUGUCCGCAUCAUUGAGGCGCGAGGAUUCAAGGUGGACAACUCCAGUUUAACUGGCGAGUCUGAACCCCAGUCGCGAGGACCUGAAUUCACUAACGAGAACCCACUGGAAACCAAGAAUCUGGCAUUCUUCUCUACCAACGCCGUUGAGGGAACUGCGAAGGGAAUCGUUAUCUGC